AAUCAGAUAAAUCGCGCAUACAACCAUCUUACGCAAAAAUAUGCAUCGCUCCUUGUGGACAAGCCGCCGUUCUUACCACUCGCGCUCUAUCCACACCACAUCCUCAGCGCUACAUCCAAAGAAAGACCAUCCAAAAGACAAUUCCCAUUCGGCAGACAACUACUUUAAGGACGUUGACUCCAACCCACCUCCCGAUCCCACCAUUCAUCGUGUAGACGCCGCCUCAGAGGCUGCUCAACGUCCCUACGAACCGCCCUCUGGGCAAUGGAGUCGAGCAGGCAGCAAAACGGAGGAAUAUGCCACUAUGGACAAGGAACAUCCGUAUGAUAUUCCAGCGGAUGGUAACGGACAGGAAAAGAAGCUGAGGUAUGGUGGAAAAGAGAAGUAUGGAGAAGAAAAAGGGUCAGAGAUAAGUCAGCCAGACGAAGGACCAGCAGGUAAAGCGAGCGGGGGGAUGGGUCGAGGCAGGUGAAGUGCGCGCAGGAAGCUCUUUGGUUGUAUUGUACGAAUAAAUUACACAACCAACGUCGUACUGCAUCCCUUGCAUAACAUAGCUUUCACUACAUCCCAUAACGCGACCAUUACGUGCACAUAACAUGACUCUAUAUCUGCAAUGCAUUCUAUGGUCUAUC